AUGUGGUUAUGUAAUGUUUGUCUGUUUCCGGCGUCUCCGUGGACGCGGCUACAUGCCGACUUUGCAGAUUGUGACGGCAAGCGAUUUUUAAUUAUUAUAGACGCGUAUUCUAAGUGGAUUGAGGUCAUACAAAUGAAUCGUACGGACGCUGUUUCCACUAUUGAGGCGUUUAGAUCGAUUUUUGCCAGAUUCGGACUUCCUUCACAGCUAGUUACCGAUAAUGGCCCUCCAUUCUCAUCCCAAAUGUUCAAAGAAUAUUGUUAUAAAAAUUGUAUUAAGCAUUCGACAUCUGCACCGUAUAGACCGCAGGCGAAUGGCGCUGCUGAAAACGCGGUUAAAACAAUUAAAAAAGUAAUUAAAAGAGCGGUACAUUUAGGGGAGAAUAUAUCGCAAGCAUUAAGUAAGUUUUUAUUUCAAUAUCGUAAUUGUGAACACACUACUACGGCAGUGUCGCCAGCGGUCGCGUUACUUGGAAGACGGCUGCGGGGUCGACUCGACGCGUUAGGACCAGACGUGGGGGCAGUGGUGCUGGAAGCACAAAGCAAACAGGUCAACAGGGCAGGAGGUACUAAUCGCGAGCUGCAGCUCGGUGAUACAGUAUUGACUAGGGAUUAUACCACUAAAGGGGAAAAAUGGUCAGAGGGGACGGUCACCAAGAAAACCGGGCCCGUGUCAUUCAAGGUUGAUGUAGGGGGAGGAGUAGAGUGGAGACGUCACCAAGACCAAAUGAUACAGUUAGGUAAUAGAAAAGAAAAAAAUCGAUAUUCAUUGGCGCGAACAUCAACGACAGCUAGUGCGGACGCGAAUGAGGAACAGACGCCUGGGGUUGAUGACGAUGCAGAUGAUCAAUGUAGUGAAGCACCCGAGACGGGUGCUAACGCGGGGCGGGCACUACGCUCCCCGGGUCUUUCAGGACCGGCGGGCGAGCCCGCGACGCCUCCACCCCCACCGGACGCUUCUGCCAGAGCUAUACGUGCUUAUAAAAGAGCUAUAAUACAGAAGGACAAAAAUACC